AUGGAGGAGGUCCACGCGGCGCCCGCGCCUCCCGCGACGGGCGGGAGCACCGCGCCUCGCCGCAAGAUCCUCGUCAGGAGGCCCAAGAAGGCGCGGGACGCGCCGAUGCAGACGGCGGAGGCGGAGGGCGUCAAGUCCUUGCCCGCGCACACGACGGGGCCCGGCUCGGAUGUCGAGACGCUGAGAUCCGUCGGCGCGAUGACCCGCGGCUCCACCCCCGCGUCGUCCACGGCGGGUGCCCCGACGCUCGUCCCGACGCUCAAGACGACGAAGCGCAUCGACUUCGACGCGCUUCGCGGCGGCCGCGAGACGUCGGGGCCGGGCGCGUCGACCGGGCGCGCGACCCCAACGAGCACGAAGUUUGGAGUGGCGACCGCGGCGCCCCCUCGGACGCCCCCGAAGCCCAAGCCCGCGAGCGAAGAGGCUGUCGCGCCGAACGGACCGAAGGUCUCGGGAAAGACGGGGAAGCGCGACGAGUGGGCGGUGCUCGGCGACGUGGGCGAGUACGAGUACAUGCUCGCGAGGAAGAUGGCGGAGGAGCGCGCCAAGCUCCCGCCCUCCCCCGAGGCACUCCCCGAUCUCCCAUCGCACAUCGCCGACGCAUCCGCGCGUCUCAAGGGGGGCGCCUUCGACGAUCACUACAAGCGCGCGUAUCGCGUGCUCGCGGAGCGCCGCGCGGAGUUUGCCGACGCCGCCGCCACGCUCCGCGACGGCCUCGACGCCGCGAUCGCUGAAGAGACUGUCGAAGAUCGGCGCAAGGUGCACACCGGGUGGCAACUCCACGUGAAGAUGGGCGAGGUGUCGCACGGCAACGCGCUGGCCAAGUGGGAGGCGCAGAAGCGCGAGUGGGAGCGCAUCAAGCGCGAGCGCGCCAUCGCGUUCGACAAACGACCGGGCGACCUGGUGAUGGAGCGAUGCGACGAGCACAGGCGUAAGCUCGAGAUUCUCGGCCACCUCGACAUGGCGGUGCCGAUAUCGGAGCGAGAGGGGGGCGAGCCGUGGCUGUGGAAGAUGUCGCUUCGCGACAACUGGACGAGGUGGGUCAACGUCGGCAACGAGUUCAGCGGUUUGUACUACGUCAGGGACGAGAUGGCGUACGUGGACGUGGAGCAGAUCAGGCGCCCUCAGCUGCACGGGUCGGUGGAGCGGGACGGGGCUUCCGACUCCGUGACCCGCGGCCGGUCGGUGCUCGACUCCAAGUUCAUGGACGUCCGCCGGCGCAAGCUUCGACGGCGCGUUCACGACAUCCUCCCCGGGGAGAACGGCGAGGACAUCGACGCGACAGGACUCGAGAUCGUCGGCGAGGGCGCCGUGAACGCGCUGGACAGGCUGGCGAGUAAACGAAUCACCCUGGAAGAGCUGGAGGAACAGAUCGCGUCGGAUUCUUUGGAGACGUGGGCGGAGAUUCAAAAAUACCGAAGCGACGUCGCCGCAGCCGAGGCGAACAGGGCGGCGCGCGAGCUCGCCGCGGCGCAGGCGGAGGAGGCGGCGAGGGAGGCGGCGAUGGGGCCGCACCUUGAACUCGAGAGCGACCGCGUGAUGGCGCAGAUGCGGUGGGGGGAAAAUACGGCGCACGCGACGACGACGAUGCGAAACACGGGGACGACGGCGAUUUGGUACAAGUGGUCGCAGGUGCCGCCCAAGGCUGCGGAGCUGCCGCACGCGUCGAACGCCGGGCCGUCGACGUUUUUCAUGGAGGAGAGCACCGGGUCGCUGCUCCCGGGCGAAUCGCGCGUCGCCAUGUGGACGUUCAAGUCUGAGAAACCCGGCGUGUACAUCGACAAGUGGAUCCUCGAGACGACGCCAAACGUUCGCGCGGGGCGGAUCGAGCCAAUCACCGUCCGCGGCGUCUACCACGCGGACGACCCAAACUCGUACCCGCGGCGGAUGCUCGCCGCGGAGAUUGCGCACAGGGAGAUGCGCACGAAGGUGACUGCCGCGAUGGCGAAGGUUUUCGACCGCGUCAAGACUCCCGACGUCUCCAAACGAGUCGCGACGAAGAUGUCGCCCGUCCCGCGCAGCGGACCCGCGCCGGCGCUGUGGAACGCCGGGAAUGCCGGGCGCAGGCCGCGCGUGUACUACCACGAGGAGUCGUUCGAGGCGUUCAUGGACGUGCGGCGCAGGUGCAUCGCGGCGGAGAAGACGUUGCCGCCCGAGCCGAAGGAGGAGGAGGAGGAGGGGGGCGAGGAGGGAGGGGGCGCGGAGGAGGCGGGCGAGGACGCCGAGGGCGCCGAGGAGGAUGCCGCCGCCGCGGAGGACGAACCGGUCGUCGAGCUGCCGUUCGAGGGGUGGGACGGGUCCGUGGCGCAGGUGGAGGAGUGCAUCCGAAACCUCGAGGCUGCCAUCGAGCGCAAGGCGGCGCUGGACGCCGCCGCGGAAGCCGCGGCGGCGGAGGGGGGCGGAGAAGAAACCGCCGGCGCCGGCGAGGAUGCCGACGCCGCCGACGCCGCCGAGGUCGCCGACGAGGAUGCCGAGGCGGGUCCUCCCCCCGAGGAGGUGCUCGCAUCGUGCCGCGCGAGUUUCGCGGAGGCGAUGCGCGUCGCGAUCCUGCCCCGGUCGCGAGCCGAUCUCCUCGCCGCCGCGCUGUCCGAGGCUGUCACGAAUCGAUUGGGCCCGGUCGACGAGACGUUCGAGAAGGCUCGCGCCAAGUACCGCCCGCCGUCGCCGCCGCCGCCGGAGCCCGAGCUCGACGAAGAGGGCAACCCGAUCGCGCCGCCGGCCGGCGAGGAGGGAGAGGCGCAGGAACCGGGCGCGGGCGAGGAACCGGGCGCGGGCGGGGGCGAGAAGAAGGAUAAGGAUGCGUUUGAUUCCGUGUGGAGGCGAAAGUGCCGCAAGGUGCUGACGCGAUCCAUCGGCGAGAUGCUGGGCGCCGCGGCGGAGGCUUUCGAGCGGGAAUCGGUGGCGGAGGCGGAGGCGGAGGUGAACGCGGAGCUUAUUCGGCGCGUGCGCGACAUGCGCGUCACCGCAGCCAAGCUCGAGACCUUGGGCGAGGAGGAUGGGGAGGGCGAUCGGGGCUCCGAGACACAGCCGGCGGCGGACCUCGGCGGUGAGCCGCAAUCGCCGGGGAGGGCGGAGUGGACCGAGUACGAGCUCCUGCGGAGGAGGAAGGCGCUGCUCGGGCGGGAGGUUGAUCCGUCGGGCGCGUCGCGCGCUCCCACGCCGGGGAGCAGAUCGUGA